GGCUGGAGCGGUCGCUUCUUCAAGUGGCGCACGCGACGAUUGGUCGUCGCACUUGUCGGACGGGCCCACAUAGCGCAUUGGACCAACGAAUAGGAAGUGAGCGUGCGCGCGAGUACAAUUGCUGGCGAGAGCGCAUUUAUAUUGGGGAGCUCCAAUAAAAAGUCAACUUAUCGCGCGCUCACGAUCAUUUUUGCUAUCAACGUGCACUAGUUAAGUUCGUAAUAAGGACAGUGAAAAGUUAAUAAAGCGUCUAACGCAGUUAAAGCAGGUGAAAAGUUCUAAAAAGUUUUUAACCCAAACAAGUGAUAUCUGAAAAGUGCAGCUCAUUUUAAAGAAAAUCGUUCGUAUAUUAUAUUUUUACUAUAUAUAUAUAUAUAUAAUAUACAUAUAUUGACCAAUGUUUAUCAAGUGAAGAUUUGCAAAUAUAAAUACAUACAUACAAAAUAACUGUGUUUUAUAACAUCGUGUUCGUAAGUGAAUUCAUGCAUGAGUUAUCCCACGAAAAUGGCGCCAAAUCAUCAUCCGCAUCAUUUCAUGUUGCAUGGCUUACCGCUGGAGCCAGUCUCGCGGACAUACCAAUAUCGUAAAAUCAUGAAACCGAUGUUGGAGCGUAAACGGCGUGCUCGCAUCAAUAAAUGUUUGGAUGAGUUGAAAGAUUUAAUGACCAGCACUUUGCAAGCGGAUGGCGAAAAUCUCUCCAAAUUAGAGAAAGCUGACAUUUUGGAGCUCACAGUGCGGCAUCUGCAUCGGUUGCGUGAGACAAACGGACUCUUUGUACGCCACACCGACACAUUGAAUAUGGAGAAAUUCUGGGCUGGAUUUCAACACUGCGCUGUGGAGGUCUCACAUUUCCUGCAAAAAUACGAUCAACAAAAUAAACAUGUAAAUGGCGAUUUAAUUAAAUAUAUUGCGAAUUAUGUGCCGAAUAUGGCAGCAGCAGUAGCUGCCGCCGCGGCCACGGCCAAUGCACCGACCACUCCAGCAACCGCACACAUACCGCAGCCGGUUGUGGCAAUACCAAUCGCCGGCUGCCGAAUGACCAAUAACCUAAAUGAGCAUUACCAAAAAUUCGGCACAGCAUUUCGCCAACAUCCAGCGGAAGCUGCCGCGGCAUUAAGCAAAAUAGCGGCUACCACAGCAGCAGCACCACAACCACCACUAGCAGCGACAACAGCACACAACCGACACCAACAAAUGCAAAUAUCCGCUUCGGCGGUUUCCAACUUUGAACGGAUUUGGGAAGCGGCAGCGCGUGCGGCAGCCAACGGCAAGCAUCGAAUGCAUCCCUACACCCGCAAGGCAUUGCAUAAUCACAGCAAUAAUGUUGAUGGCGUUGAUGUUAUGGCAGACGGUGAGAGUGAUGAAGGCGGCGAUUGUGGUGAUGUUGAUUUCCCACCGAGCGACGGCCUUGUUUGGCGACCUUGGUGAUGCUCGUCAUGUGUGCGCAACAACAAUUUGCGUUCCGUUCCGCUCGCAUAACGUUGAAAGCGGUUAAUUUUACCUUUUACCAUUUAAUCAGCGCAUGCUUAAUGGCAUGUAAAGCUUGCAAAGUCUGUAUAUAUAAGUACAUGUAGGAGCAUUUCAAAGGACCACAGCAGCAAACUUCUAUAUUUGUAUAUUCGAAUUUGUUGUGUAACAACUGCAUGGUUAAAGCUUUAUUUAUUUAUAUGUAGUAUGCUACAUAUUGUACAUACAUAAGUGUGCGUGAGAAUAAUUUGAGUUAAUAUAUAAUACUAAUAAUGAUAAUGUUUAGCAGCUAAAUACGAAUACAAACACAAAUCUAAUAAAUGCAUACACAUUUAA